GCCUGCGCAGUGGGGCGAGGCCGGGGGCGGGGCGCGGCGGCUGUCAGCUGACUGUGGCGGCGGCGGCGGCCUCGAGGUGACAACCGUCCCCGUCACAGGCUCCGGCGGGGGCGCAGGAGGUCGCCCGGCGCGUCGUUCUCGGAUCGGCGAGGCCCACGGCCGGCCGCAGCACCAUGGCGACCACCGUCAGCACUCAGCGCGGGCCGGUGUACAUCGGCGAGCUCCCACAGGACUUCCUCCGCAUCACGCCCACUCAGCAACAGCGGCAGGUCCAGCUGGAUGCACAGGCGGCCCAGCAGCUGCAGUACGGAGGCGCCGUGGGCACCGUGGGCCGGCUCAACAUCACCGUGGUCCAGGCAAAGCUGGCCAAGAAUUACGGUAUGACCCGCAUGGACCCCUACUGCCGCCUGCGCCUGGGCUAUGCGGUAUACGAGACGCCCACGGCGCACAACGGCGCCAAGAGCCCCCGCUGGAACAAGGUCAUCCACUGCACGGUGCCCCCGGGCGUGGACUCCUUCUAUCUGGAGAUCUUCGAUGAGAGAGCCUUCUCCAUGGACGACCGCAUCGCCUGGACCCACAUCACCAUCCCCGAGUCCCUGCGGCAGGGCAAGGUGGAAGACAAGUGGUACAGCCUGAGCGGGAGGCAGGGGGACGACAAGGAGGGCAUGAUCAACCUUGUCAUGUCGUACGCGCUGCUGCCAGCUGCCAUGGUGAUGCCACCCCAGCCCGUGGUCCUGAUGCCAACGGUGUACCAGCAGGGCGUUGGCUAUGUGCCCAUCACAGGGAUGCCUGCUGUCUGCAGCCCCGGCAUGGUGCCCGUGGCCCUGCCCCCAGCCGCUGUGAACACCCAGCCCCGCUGUAGCGAGGAGGACCUCAGAGCCAUCCAGGACGUGUUCCCCAACGUGGAGCAGGAGGUCAUCCGCUCUGUGCUGGAAGCCCAGCGAGGGAACAAGGACGCCGCCAUCAACUCCCUGCUGCAGAUGGGGGAGGAGCCGUAGAGCCCCCGCCUUGCUGCCUGUUGCCCAGCUCUGUUGCCAGCCCGGUUUCCCCCAAGGAAUGCUGUCCCAUCAAGAUUUCCGUGAAAGAGCACCUGUGUCGCCCCGCCACAGCCACGUCUGUGCCACCCCGUCCACACCUGUUCUGGGGAUGCAUGUGGAUUGUCGGUUCCCGGCGGCCCAGGACUGGGCGGGGCUCCCCUCUCGUCUCGUGUUGGGGGGUCUCGGCACGCUCCUGUCCCCGGGACUUGCGUCUCCCCUUCUCUACUGUUCUGGAAAAUGGUCUUGCUGUUGAGAGCAGCUGCUUCUGCCAGGGUGUUGGGUGCUGGAGGUCGCCGGGCGCCUGCCUGUCUGAUUCGAUUCAUGGCAUUUUGUUACGUGACAGUUGGAAUAGAGCUGUUCAUUUAAGGCAUACACAAUCCCUCAUACUGAUUUGUGGGUGUUUUUUAGAACUUCCCGGUCAAAAACUCAAGCCCUUGCCCUGACGUGCUUUGCUGUGAGCCUGGCCCCUGCCCAGGGCUUGGGUCUGGUGAGUGGAGCCGCUUCUUCCUGUGGAAGGCCUCUGACCUUGCUGACCUGGCCACUGUCCAGCCAGCCUGUGACAGACUGCAACCUGAAGGCAAGAUGAACCCCCACCUGGCCUGAGGAAGGGAGCCUGGCAUGGUCACCUGGGUGCUGUGUGAUUGCCACCCGGCAGGCAUUUGAAGCGGGGCCCUUCGCCCACCAGAGGCUGCUGUCCGUCUCCUGCCGCGCUCACGCCGGCCACGGGGGGCCUCUUUUCAACAGGCCUUCCAAGGGUGGGGCGGGAGGUGAUAGAGGCAGCACUGUGCGUGUUUCUGAGAGGGUGUGGUGGCACUGCCAGCUGACUGCUGACGAUGGCCUUGGUUCAGUGUGGCGAGGGAGGCCUGGCGAACGUGGCACUGGAAGGCUUUCUGAGUUAGGAGGGGUACCCGCCUGCCUGGGCUCUGUGCAGCAUCUUGGCUCACAGGACAGCUAGAAGAUGAAAAUCAGAAAUCCCAAAGCUUAUCAAACGUGGCGCACUUUGACCCGCAUGCCGGCGAGACUCCUGUGUGCACAGCUGCGUGCCCGUGGGGUUCGAGGCUCGUGUCUGCUCCCAGCCUUUGGACAUGCGUCCUCUGAUAGGACAGAGAAUGCUCACAGCGGGCCUUCCGUGGAAGAUCAGGCGGGCGAAGUGAGUGCUUUCAUUUUAGUCUUUUUCUCCCUCUAAAAAAGAAGUUAAGUUUUAGUGUCAGCUGGAAAAUAACUGCUUUCUGCCACCUGUUGGUGGAUUUUGUUAAAUAUAUUGUUCAUAAAUAUUUAUUUUUGUAAACCUGUAGAAGUGUGUGGUGGCUGUGGGGAGGGCCGGUGGCAGCAGAGGCCGGCCACUCAGACGGAGGCCCUGGGACUCUGUCUCAGAUGGCCUGGUCCUGUGCCUGUGUAGAUUUCUUCUCCAUUGGGAAUGAAGGUGUCAGGCAGGACUGGAACGUUUCAGAUGCUGUGUUCCGUGAUAUUAGCGACUCUAACCUGGGACGGGCCACGGGCCACGGGCCACAGGCCACGCUGGGAGGCCUCACUGUGCUGGGGUGUCGGCGACCUGGUGCCCAGGUGUGGCCACAAGCGUGGGUUUCUGCCUCCGCAUUGCUGGGGUGCAGUGAGACUGCCACACGCUUGCACGUGUGGUUCUGUGGCUGUCUGCUGACGAGGGCGUGGCCCCUGCUGCCGGCUCCUGGAGCAGCCCGUGUGGAGCCCCGGGGGCCGGCCUCACUGGAGGGAGCAGCACCUUCGCCCAUGACGCCACGCCGGCCACCAUCGCUUAGUUUUCUUUUUCAUGAACACUUUAUUUUUUUAAUAGAUAAGUCACAUUUUAUAAGGCCUUUAAUUAAAUAAGAUUGUUCUUUCUUUCACUUGAUGCUUCAUUUCCUGUCUGAAGUCUUACUGCACGAAGCUGCUUGCUGAUCCCUUUGAGGGUCCCCAGAAUCAGCCGUUUCACAUCCCCCCGCCCCCUCCCGUGUCCGGUGUGGAUGAGGUAGUAGCACUCAGGACAGGCUUGUUCGCUGGCUCAGAGGGGAGGCCGCAGUGGGUUUGGGAGCUGGGCUGAGGCCCCUGGUGCCUGAGGGCUGAAGAUGCAGGCCGUUGGCCAGCUCUGUGGCAGCAGUCACUGAGGACGGCCUGACCGGGCCAUCUCUGAGCCCAGGGCGGGGCCCCCGUGGCAUGGCGCGGCUGUGUUUUCCUCUGCUGGGCAGAUGCCGGUGGGUGGCGUCAGAGCCCAGGUGUUCUGGACCUGUGUGGCCUGGGGCCUCAGGCUUGUCGGGGACUGCGUGUGUGGCGAGGGCACCUGGAAUCACUGGACGCUCCUGCCUAUCCUCCCCUCUACAGAUGCUGCCCAGACGCUCCUGCCUCCCCUCCCUCUCCCCAGCAACCUGCAGAUGCUGCUGGGACACACCCUCCUUCCCUCCCCCCUGCAGAUGCUGCCCGGAGGCUCCCGCCUCCCCUCCCCCCUGCAGAUGCUGCCCUGAAGCUCCCGCCUCCCCUCCCCCCUGCAGAUGCUGCCCUGAAGCUCCCGCCUCCCCUCUCCCCUGCAGAUGCUGCCCUGAUGCUUCCGCCCUCCCUCCCCCCUGCAGAUGCUGCUCUGAAGCUCCUGCCUCUCCUUCCCCCUGCAGAUGCUGCCCUGCAGGGUGCCCGAGGGAGGGGUCUCAGAACGUGAGCUUCCGAUUAUUUUAUUGGGGUCCGUUGUCCAGAUUUUUCUUUCAUUGUAAAAUAUAUUUUUACUUUUUAGUCUUCUAAUUUAAUAAAUGAUCCAUAUAAAAAUAGAGAAAUAAAGUCCUUUAAGGGAA